AGUCGUGGUGGUGAAGAUUGGGUCUGUAGAAGGGGGGUGGGGGUUGAGACAGUGGAAACCACGUGGAGGGGAGUGUAGUCAGGAGGCAUCUGGAACGCGUCGUGAGACUCACGCCAUCGCAGAACGCACAACCGGAAACGCAUGAUAUGUUGUGUGAUAUCCCCAGUGAAUGCAGAGAUAUGGCCACGGACACGUAGCCUGGCUCCGUAUCCUGCAGGUAUAUCCACCGCAACUUGCAGGAACUCGAUAAGAAGCUCCCUGGAGGUCAAAUUGGGGAAGAGUCCCCUAAUCGGAGCUCGAUGCGCUAGCGUUCCUCAAGCCCAGGUUGCAGUGAUGCGGUGUAGUUCACUCUGUGGUUUCGUGACUCGUGUCGAUGUAGAUGAUUGGGUUGAAGCUGGAGCACCACAGGCUUUCCCCAUCUCUCUCUUGAUUCCUGGGAUGUGCCGAAGUGGUACAUUGGAGGAUGUGAUGAUGAGGACAGAGUGCAUGAAUCAAAGCAAAAUGAUAUUAGAAUGGGGUAGAUGUGGUUAUUAGAUGACAAGUGGCUCAUGAACGUGUACUAUAACUCGCCAGAUCGAGGGGAGACAUGCUGUUGUACAGUUGACAGAAUAUCUAACGUCGGUGCAUGAGUAAAUGCAGAUGAGUCUCGUGAGGCCAGGGUUCCACAUGGCGGCCUCCAGAGCGGGAAUCCAAAAAGUGCCAAUUUCCUUUUUACGGAACGGUGUAGGGGGAUUCCCCACCCGACAUAGAAGCUUCACUGCAAGUUCGGGUUGCCGCCUCACCGCCGCCAGCAUCCAAUCACUUCCAUGUGUUGGGACAUCUGUUGUGUACAAGUCUUGCGAGUUCCUACACUUCUAUCAGAUGUGUCUAUCAAAAUGACAUGGUUCCGAUAGGUGAUGGCCUCGGAGAAUGUUGGUUUAGCGAGUAGGAUACUUUAUGGAAUAAGUAACAUUGGCACGUAGCGGAUACAAGUCGUGAGAUCUUAGUGAUUGUUUGUUAAACUGCAGCUGGAGCCAACCGUCUCCGUCAUUGUCAACUUCUUCCAGCUUGGUUAUAUGACUGCGUACGAUAGGAGAAGCUGUGGGUUGUAUCGCUACUUCGACCAAGGGAAUAGGCAGGAACCUCGUAAUGCGAAGGCAGAGUGGUAGUGCUGAAGGGCGUUUUCUUGCUUCGGCUAGGUUAAAAUCCAGGCGAUAAGCUGCUUUCGUGUGGAAUCCCCAGCCUCUUCAUCCCAAGCACCUGUUGAUGAAACCUUCUCCACUUUUUGGUUUGAGGACGGAGAAUCUAGUUGCAGGGCUUCGAUGCGCUGCGAUUGACCUAGAAGGAUUUUCUGUUGUAUUGAUGCAAUACAGAUCACAUUUGUCCUUGACAGAGUUUGGAUGGAGCCGUGUGUUCGGAACUUUUGGUGGAAUCUGACCGCUCCAAGUUUUUGCAAUUGGAUUGUAGGGGAAUUUUUUUUGAGGGCUCUAUAUUUGAUAUUCCAGGGCUGUCGCAAAAGAAAUGCAAGGAAUGCGAAUGCGCAAGCACUCAAGGGGUAAUGCAAGAGGGGGAUCCUUAAAUGCAUACCCUGAGCUUAGUAAUGACGACCAGAAACCCGUAUCCAGCCCAAGAGCACUGGAGAAGAAUAAUGAAAUAGACAACAAUAGUCGGGGUUCUGACGAAAAGGAUGCAAGAACAGUACUUGGUUGGGGUGGUAAUGAGAGAAGCGCUUUUGCUUCUCGAGCUGCCCCGACAUGGUUGGAGGAAACGCAGGUCACAAGGCUUGAUCCUUCAGGUGAACCUCACAUGAAUCUGGAUGAAUUCGUAACUUCUUUGGCCAGAACGAACUGUUUCCCGGCGGAAGACAAACCCACAAGCCUAUCUGGCAAUGGCAAUGCUUGCAUGGGAAAUGCCGUCGAGAAUAGCCAAUCUUCAACAGUGCACAGUGAUGAUCCAGAUUUUCGAAGAUUAUCUGGUGGAAGCUCGACGUUCGUUGGGCAAUCCAGUGCUGAACUCGACACAUCUUUGCGUCUAGGCCCUAUGGGCGCGAAUGAGGAGAGUAACAAGCUCCCUGCGCUUGUUAGUGGGAAAAACAAAGCAGUAGCCGACACCCAAGAAGAUUGUGAUGAAGGUGAUAUGCGUGAGAAUUUUGCGCGCGGGUUCUAUGCAAUCAGACGUGAUAAUCGGAAAGGACAUUGCACCGCUGAUGCGACAAUGGAGGGUCCGAAUGUUUCUGUUUCACCCUCGCCUGACCACGAUGAGGUGUGUAGACAAUACCAUAUCGCAGGUUGCGCUUCGGUCGAGGAGCAUUCACCAGAACUUCAGCUUGAGCUCGAUUCAUCUUCACCGAGCGAAGCGGGGAAAUCUUCCACAGACAGCAUUGAACGAAGAUUUAGGAAGAACAGACGAAAUCCCCGAUGCACCGGCAGAAAGAGAGGGGCACUUCACUUGCAAGCAUCCACGCAGGAUGAACCUCCUCUUUUGGCAUCAGAUCACCCUGCGAAACAGCCAAAGAAAAGCCUAAUGUUUUCGCUGCAUACAAUUUACCAGGAAGCUGGGAAGGAAGGCCGAACGGUGGCGGAAGCCGUGUCCAAGAUUCUGCAGCAAGGAUUACCAGGUUUAGAUGAAGGUGCGUAUCAUUCCCCCAGGCAGAUCGCACAGCUAUUACGAAGCUCACCCUAUUUCACGGAGCUCGAGGAUGGCAGAUUUGCACUAUGUAACGCAAUUGUAGACGAGGACGAUUUCGGCGACGCGGAACGGCCUCGACCUGGCCCGAAAGAGAAAGCAACCGCUUCAUCGCGACAAGGUACAUCAAAACGACCCAGAACAAGCACAGUCACUCACUCCCCUCCCGCAAUAGGCACUGACAACGAGGGGAGGGGAAUGGAAGUAGAGACGGGGAGGGAGGGCAAGAAAGAGACGGGUGAAGCGGGUGGAUUGUCGUUGAAGCGUGAGGCGGAGGCGGCGGUGAACGUGAGCAAACCUUCUCGCAGUGGGCGCCCGAAACGGUUGACGCACAUGAAGCAGGACAACGUGGAAGAGCUCGGCAACCAGUGCAAUCGAAGGGAUGGCAAAGGAUGGACGUGCCCGUUGCGUGCGAAGACUGGGUAUCAGCUGUGCGACCAUCACCUGGACAAAUUGCGUUGCAAACCCGGCAGUCGAUCCAAAUACAACAAGUACAAAAACAACAACCGAUCCAACAAGUCUCCCGCUGCGACGCGGAACUCCCCACGAGACCUGCGCAAACCCGAUCCCUUGUAGCCGUGGUCAGGCACUGUGUGAACAGGCUCGUGUGUAGAAGGUUCUAUCGCGUCAGUUCCGGGAGCUUGCGCUGGAUGGAUGUAUAGAUGGAUGGAUGAACCAGUUGAGUGAAUGAAACGUGAUUUCAUCAAUUGAAAAAAAGGUUAUAAACUAACGCUAACUUUAUUUUUGGUUUAAGUUUCAAGCGCUGUUGGGGAUUUUCAAAGCCAAAAUUAAGAUGCAUGUUUCUUAUUCAA